UUCUCCUGCCGGCUGCCGGGGCUGUGGCUCCUGUUCCCCUCGGGGCCGGCGGCAGCGCGUCCUCCCGCUCCUCCUCCCUCCUUCCCCCCGGCCCCAUGGCUUCGUCUGGCAGCGGCAUGGAAGAGGUGCGCGUCUCGGUGCUGACCCCUCUGAAGCUGGUGGGACUGGUGUGCAUCUUCCUGGCGCUGUGCCUGGAUCUGGGCGCCGUGCUGAGCCCCGCUUGGGUGACGGCGGACCACCAGUACUACCUGUCCCUGUGGGAGUCCUGCCGCAAGCCCGGCAACUUGGAGAGCUGGCUCUGCGAGUCCACGCUGCACAGCGACUGGCAGAUAGCUACUCUUGCUCUGCUGUUGGGUGGUGCUGCCAUCAUUCUCAUAGCUUUCCUGGUUGGCCUGAUCUCUAUCUGUGUGGGAUCUCGGAGACGAUUCUACAGACCAGUUGCAGUCAUGCUCUUUGCUGCAGUUGUUCUUCAGGUGUGCAGCUUAGUCCUCUACCCAAUCAAGUUCAUCGAAACAGUCAGCUUGAAAAUAUACCAUGAGUUCAACUGGGGCUAUGGCCUGGCUUGGGGUGCAACUAUAUUUUCAUUUGGGGGUGCCAUUCUUUAUUGUCUGAACCCUAAGAACUAUGAAGACUAUUACUAGAAUCAUUUAAUGAAAAGAAAAAUACCAGAAGGAUUACCCCCAUCUUUUCUAACUCACUGUUUUUUUAGAACACUCGUGGAGCACCAGUCUGCUCUGUUGAUAAAAUAGCCUUUGCCUUUUGGGUGUGAACACUGUAACCAGCUUUUACAACCAUUUAGAAGAACUGCAAACACUAGGAUUGUUGAUCUUACGUAGGCAGAUGCUGCAAGCUGCUGAUACAUAAGCUUUGUUUUUCCUGACAACAAGCAAAGGAUCUACAUGACAGCGAUCAUUGUGAGAAAUUUAGUUGGAAUGUGAAUGCAAGGCCAGCAUCUGCUUUUGCCUUCAGGGGAGCAGCUGGUGUAGGCUCCGUUUAGAAGUUUCCCUGUAUCAUAGAGGAUUCAAAUGUCUGAUAAGCAGGCAAUGGCAUCUUGUACAAUAGGCUGUGUUGGCCUCUUGUUACUUGCUCAGAAAAGCUCUUAAGGAAUUAGUUGCGAGUGACUGUGUCGAGGGCAGUGAAUGUAACUGGUUAAUGGCUUGUCUAAUAUCUGCAUUCAGCAGUCUUCUGGGAGAAGUAAAACAGCUACACAGACAGAGAGGAUUUCAUGAAUCGACAUCACCAUGCCAGCUGUAGCAGAUUGUUGAAGGAAGUCCAAACCCAGAGACAUGUGCUUCUGACUGUGUGGUUGGAAGUUGUCUCAAUUCUUGAGUAUUUUGUUGAGGGGGGGAGAGCGGGGGUGGAGAUAGGGGGGAGAACAAAAAGAGCUUAUAUGUCCCUAAGGCAUCUGAAAUGCAUGAAUGAAUUGCAGUUUUCCUAAGGACUCAUUUAACUUCUGAGCAGCAUUAUGAAAAAAUGCAUAUGGAACAAGUUUGAUUAUAUUUUUGGAAGGUAUUAGUGUAAGCAAGUAUAUAUAAUACAUAUAUAAAUUCAGAGGAAGAAAGAGAAUUAUCUUUAAAUUGUAAUAGGAGCUGUGGUGCAGUGGUUAAAAUACUAACGUUGUACACAUUCGUCGGGGUCUUAGACCAGUACCCACAGUCAUGAUUGGUGUUACAAAAUAAACCUAAAAUGAUUUGUCUUCUGUAUAUGCCCUUGUACAGACUCUGUUAUGGGAAAUACAUAAAAGUUCAUUUCUACUAAAGUAGAAGUGGAUGAAACAACUACUUUCUAUUUCAUAUGUAAUUCCAUACUUAAUAAAAAUUGUAAAAAAAAAAAAAAGUUACAAGGAAGAAAAACUACCAUUUGAAAAAAUAAAAUCUAAUUAGAUUGCAAGUGUUUCUGAUAAUCAAGAAUAUAGCCAAGGCCCAAUCACAUCCAUAUUACAAUAUUAGCGCUGCAGGAGCUGAUCUCGUGUUUUUAAAGGCUGGGUUUGUAAUGGACUGGCUGAUGAUUGUGUAUCUAAUUACUCUUUGCUUGGUAUGCUUCCCACUUAAACAUCCACAGACUGUACCCACCAAAUGGAACCCAAGUUAAAGUAGAGAGAACUUCUAUGUGAAUUUAAUCCGCAUCACUUUUAUUUUUGUUUACAAUUUCCUUCUUUUCAUAUUUUUGAAUUUAAUUAUGAACAUAUUUUUAUACAAUUCUAAUCUGUAGAAAUGACUAUUUUUUAAUGGAGAAAUUUAAAGUAUAUUCUAUGUGGGCCUCUGCACAAGCAGAUAUGCUGCUGUUGCUUGUCCACCUCUGCACAAACGGUUUUGCUGGUUCCGGGGCAAAGGCUUCCGAUUGCCUUGAUGUUAAGAAUGCGUUUGCGGUGUUGAUGUUUGUGCCGCAGUGCCCAGAGAGCAGAGGAUCUGUAGGGACCGUGCUACCCCAGGACUGACUCUCAGAAGCUGUUCUCAAACUGCUGCUGCCGUGUGGAGGUGAUUUUUAAGAUGCGGUGCCUCUUGGGAGUUAAGUCUUUACUAUCACAGCGGAAUAUUCUGUAUCAGCACUCCUUCCUGAACCAGUGGUGAUUAAUUAGAUUAGGCGGAGCAAAACGAUAGCUGCAUUUAGGAGGGAUUGUAUGGCAAUGCCUAAGGAGAAAAGAAGAUGGGAGGGAAAAAUAUGUCCACUUAUUUUGCAGGCACCAGAGAGCAUUCAUAACUCUGCUCUUCCUGAGACUGACUUAAGGCAGAUAAUCAGUAUACAGUAAACUCUAUAUCUUUCUGAACAGCUGUGUAGUUCUGCUGUUACUUAGCAGCACAGAAAGUAUUGUAGAUUGGCGUGGGAGUUAGGCUGACGUAGAGAAGCCCACUGUGAGAAGAUCACUGUACCUUUCUAGGAGAGCGGUGUUUUGGUGCCAGUGUAGCACAGUACUAUGCCUAUUCUGGCAGGAAGUUACUGUGCUGAACCCGUAGCACAUCUUCUAAUUUAUCAGAUAGUGUUUUUUUUUUUAAUGUAGAAUUUGAGUGAAAUCAAGCGUCAGCCUUAAGGCACACACAGAUUAAUCGCUAGCACUCCUGAAGUCACACAGCUCUUAAUUUGAAUGAUGUUCAGGCAAAAAAACAAACAAAUAAACAAACAAACAAAAAAAAACCCUACAAACA